CUUGUCAACAAUUAUCAGCCUGGCUACGGUCUUCACCUCCGUCUUCUCGAAUGUACGCUGCCGUAUAACAUCUCCCAGUACCCACCUGUGUUCUGGGAGAACUUCCCUCACCUCUCCACCUCACCCCUCGAUGAACCCGGGGAGCUCUCCGCUAUCCGCACGCUUCUCCGUGUCGGCCUCCCAAGAUGUGGCUAGACCGCAUUUCGGGUCAUGCGACGCCCUCCGGUCCCCAAUUCGAUAGUCGCAGCAGCUCUCCCUUGCCUCGAAGGACCUCAUCUCGCUUGGCUCCGACUCAGAACAAUCGCCCCGCCUCCAGUCGCCAAGGUUCGGCGUUGUCUCUCUUGUCGACUCCGAACGACUCAUCUACUUCCCUCGCUGCGACUGCGCGUGAAGGCUCCUCGCCUAAACCGAGUGCUGCACGACCCCGCCCAUCCGAUGUUACUGAUCCGCUCGAGGUUUUGAUUGGGAUCAUUGGAAAACAAGGCAAAACAAGAGACAGCUCUCCAGCGUCCGUCGCGGAAGUGAAACCCUCGGAGCUUGUGGAGGACAUUGAUUUCCAUGGACUCAGCCUGGAAGACUUUAUCGCGGAGGAAGAACAACCUAGAAGAGCCUGGCAAAGUGAUGUCGGCGCCCAGACCAUCCAGCAGUUCGAGAAGGAAAGGGACAAAUUCCAGGACCUGCACUCGGCAAUCACUGGCUGCGAUGACGUCUCCAAGUCAGUUGAAAUGUACUUGAAUGACUUUCAGAAUGAAUUGGGAGCUGUAUCAGCAGAAAUAGAGAGUUUGCAAUCUCGUUCGAUACAGCUGAAUGCGAUGCUAGAGAACCGACGGAAUGUUGAACAGCUGCUUGGACCUGCUGUGGAAGAAAUCAGCUUGUCUCCGAAGACCGUCCGAUUAGUGGCGGAGGGACCUAUUGAUGAGAACUGGGUGAAGGCUCUGAACGAGAUCGAGACUCGGACGGCUAGCAUCGAAGCCAAGGCCUCAGGCACCAAUAGUAGCAAGUCUAUCGAAGAUGUGCGGCCUCUGCUGGGUGAUAUCAAGAAGAAGGCAGUGGAGCGGAUCCGGGACUACCUGGUGUCUCAAAUUCGAGCCCUGCGAUCUCCGAACAUCAAUGCACAGAUCAUCCAGCAGCAGCGACUGGUUAAGUUCAAGGACUUGUACGGCUACAUAUCACGAGCCCACCCCACUCUCACGGGAGAAAUCACCCAGGCGUACAUCAAUACGAUGCGAUGGUAUUACCUGUCGCAUUUCACAAGGUAUCACCAAGCACUCGAAAAAAUCAAGGUCUAUCCGAGCGAUCGGAAUGAGGUAUUAGGAGGGGAUCCAUCCUCACAUAAAACAGGUAAUAUUGUUCCCGGCGGCCGAGCUGGUUCUGCGGCGCACGACCCCUUCUCUCUCGGCAGGAGAGUCGACAUACUUAGGGCAGGUAAUCAAAUGGCAAUAUCUUCCUACUUGGCAGAGGAGGACAAUGCUUUCCACGGACUCGAAGUCCCUUUCCGAAACUUCAACCUUGCUCUCCUAGAUAAUGUUUCCGCCGAAUACUCGUUCAUGACCGAGAUGUUCUCCACAUUGGGCUUCCAACAGAUAUCUCGCAAGGCCGUUGAGAUCUUCGAACCAGUCUUCACCCUUGGGCAGGCCCUGACCAAGCACCUGAUCGAGCAGACUACAGAUGCGCUCGGAGUUCUGAUCUGCGUGCGAUUGAACCAGCAAGCCGCAUUCGAAUUGCAGCGGCGCAAGGUACCGGUGGCCGACUCCUAUGUCAACGGAACCAACAUGCAAUUGUGGCCUCGGUUCCAAGUCAUCAUGGACACGCAGUGCGAAUCCCUGAAACGGGUAGCAGCGAACACCGGCCGUAGUGCGGUCUCCGCAUUGUCUCUUGCUGGAGGAGACGAUCUCAACAAGUCAUCCGCACCUCAUUUUCUCACUCAGCGUUUUGGACAACUCCUGCACGGCAUUUUGGUGCUGAGCAGUGAAGCCGGGGAUGACGAGCCAGUGGCCAAUAGUCUCGGCCGAUUGACCACAGAGUUUGACAAUCUUCUAGCAAAGCUUAGCCGGAUUGGCGGCGACGCCAAACGGAGGGAGAGGUUUCUUUACAAUAAUUACUCACUUGUUCUGGCUAUUAUUAGUGAUACCCAUGGCAAACUAGCCACCGAACAGAAACAGGUUAUAGGCGCAGGGGUCGUCGGACUGGCAGUUGCGCGCCAACUAGCCAUGAAAGAGGGCACAUCGACGAUUCUACUAGAGAGACAUGACGCGCCGGGGACGGAGACGAGUAGUCGCAAUUCAGAGGUCAUCCACGCAGGCCUCUACUACGGCGCCGACACCCUGAAAACCUCCCUCUGCAUCAAGGGCAAAGAGCUCCUGUACGCACUCUGCGCCCAACACAACAUCCCGCACCGCAACACCAAGAAAUGGAUUGUCGCCCAAACUCCAGAACAAUGGGAAGCCUGUCUGCGCGUGCACGAACACGCCAAACGCAUCGGCGUCCCCACGCGCAUCCUAGGCCAGGAAGAAGCACAGCGGCGCGAACCCGAAGUGCGCGCCCUGGCUGGCAUCGUGGAGAGCCCGACAACCGGCAUCAUCGACAGCCAUUCCCUAAUGACCUAUUUACAAGGAGAUUUCGAAGAUCGCGGCGGAGACUGCGCGUUCAUGACACAGGUGACAGGCAUUGAGCCCCUACCUCCUAGUGAGGGCGGCGGAUACCGGAUCAGCGCUGUGUCAGCGGACGGGAGCGAGACGACCAUCACAGCGGAGACGGUGAUAAACAGUGCAGGAAAUGGGGCUUGUGUGAUCAAUAACAUGGUGAUGCCGGCUGAGCGGCAUCGAAAAGCUUAUUUCGCCAAGGGGACGUAUUUCUCUUACUCGGCUUCUACGCCGAAGACCUCGGUGCUGGUGUAUCCGACUACGUUGCCGGGAACGGGCGGGCUAGGGACCCAUUUGACCCUUGAUAUGGGCGGCAGGAUCCGGUUUGGGCCGGAUGUCGAGUGGGUGGAGGAUCCAAGUGAUUUGAGGCCGAGUCCGGCAAGGUUGCAGCAAGCGUUGCCGGAGAUCAGGGCGUAUUUGCCUAAUGUGGAUGUUGAGGCGAUCGCUUUGGAUUAUUGUGGGAUUCGGCCUAAGUUGGGGAAGGGAGGGGCGGUGAAUACGGGGAAAGGGUUUCAGGAUUUUGUGAUUCAGGAGGAGGAAGGGUUUCCUGGGUUUGUGAAUUUGUUGGGCAUUGAGAGUCCUGGGUUGACGAGUUGUUUGGCCAUUGGGGAGAGGGUGAGGGAUAUUUUAUAUGCUUAGAUAGUUACUACUACUUUUACGUAUAUAGUAGAUGCAGACUGGGGUUGCGUACAUACUAG